AUGGCCAACGGCGUGCCAGUCGAGGACUUCGGUGAUCAGAUCAACGACAUCGUUGACGACAACGAUGAGGAGGAAGAGCGGGAGCACCUCACCAUCAUCCAAGUGAACCCUCUGACGGCGAGGGAGGAGGAGCUGCGAUUAACCCUGACGCGGGUACUUCACAAGUACAUCCCGCUCCGAGUCGAGAACAAGGCUCUCAAGCGAGAGAACCGUAUUCUCCGCUCGUCUGCUUCAUCCUCGGCGAGGAAGUCGGCCCUAGAGCCGCUCGAAAUAUUGAUCAAGACGAUCGGUCGCAAGUACUGUGUCCUUCUCCGUCUCUGGACACCGGAUCGCCUGUUUCCCGCAACCUGCGAGCUCAUCGAUCCUGCCGAUCCCGAGAGGUGGACUACUGACAAUCUCCAGCUCCGGGGCUUUAUUACUGACCUCGUGAGGUUCUUGGAGCCGAAAAUACGUACGGGGCCUCUGAUACAGUACACGAACUUCGGUGCUAAGUUUACAGAAGGCGUGAACAGCGAACACGGCACGUUCGUAUCAGCCAUCAAAGACAACAUGGCCAAAAUCUACACCGGUCUCGGCAUCGAUACCGAGACGCUGAACAACGCCGACGCCUUCGCGAAACAUCCCCGAGUCUGCUUUCUGCUCACAAACCCUGAUCCCAAGGAGGCGAAGAACCCAUACCCAGACUUUCCUCGUAUUCUACAUGCUGAUCCCGACAAUCCGGACUGGGAGGAGUGCUUCAUGGCCCCCGUGCUGAUCAGGGCUGCGCGCCUUAUCUUAUUCGGGCCGACGGUUUUGGGCGUUCGAGGCGGAUCCGGCGGACGGACCCCAAAGGGCGAGUUAUGGGACCUUAAGCAUAUUCCCGCUGGCUUUAUCACUAACGUCGCGAUCGCGGUGCAUAUUCUUAUUGAUUUGCAUUUAGUUGUACACCGUAUGACUCCGGACGACUCGCUCAACGUCAAGGGGAAAUCCACCCAGAUCAUGUGGCCAAAGCGACACGACUUGUGGUACAAGUUCCUCAGCAGCAAGGUCAUGGCCGAAUGGGCUGCGAAUGUCUUUGGAGUGUGGGAUGUCGAAUGCCUGCAGACGAACUCUGCUGACGCUGCCACCACGUCUUCGCCGGAUCCUCAGCCUUCUUACGCUGAUGAGAUGUUCGCGAAGCUGGCAGCUCCACGGGAAGAACGCCGCAAAACCCCUUCACCACCUGCAAAGGCUCCCUUUGGAAGUCCUUCGCCCGAGCUACCGCCCACGAUCUUGCCAUCGGUCUCGUCUGGGCCUCAGGCCCAAGUUCCCCCUCCUGCUGCUUCUGUAUUACCUUCUGUCUCGUCUGGGCCACGACCCGAGGCUCCGGCACCCUCUGUGUCGGAUCCUCAUCCGAUUGCGGCUCUUGACCGCCAGCUCAACCUUCUCUCGAUUGGGGGGCAGCAGAGCUCUAUUAAUAUAGCUGCAUCGUCUGGUUCCCCAUCAUCAAUUUUGACGAGCCCUCCCGCUUCCGCCGCUCCCCUCUCUGCGGGGACAAAUCCAUCGCUCUCAUUCGUCAUCUCAUAUGCCCAGCCCCGCUCCACCAGUCUUUGCAAGGUCGGGACCCAUGUCGUCAACCUCAGGCUCGCGUUCUAG